AUGAUAACAUCCUCGGAAGAUACCAAUCUCUUUGAAGGAGGCGAGCAACAAGUCAAUCAACAAAUCAAACAAUGGUUUCAUGAUUUCCUCCGUCAUGCCCUCUAUCAAUCUUCCUCCAUAGCUUCUUCAUAUCUCAUUGCUCCUUCGGGAAAGGAACCUCUCAGUGAACGAUUAAAAAUUCAAUUCACUGACAUUCAUACCUCUCACACAGUCAGCGAGAAUCAUGGAGGAUCUUCCUCUUCUCCAAUUCCAUCCGCUCGGAGUGUCGUUAUUGAUUUUACUCAUGUCAUGAAUUAUGAUAUGGAUAUCGCCAUGUCGAUACGGCAAGAAUUUUACAGAUUUGAACCUUUUCUAACGGAUGCUUUGAAUAUUGUGUAUAAGGAAUGGAUUCAUUCUCAGUCAUCCUCUGCUUCAAGAACGAAAUUGGCUUCCAGUGAUGCCAAUACAUCCAUGAUGAGCAUGGCAAUGAAUGAGAGCGCAAUAUUUGCAUCUUCGCCUCAUGAAAAUAAUUCGACCAUUCAAUUGAAAUUUGUGAAUUUACCAGAUAUGUUACAAAUUCGUCAACUCCGAAGUGUACACAUCGGUCAACUCGUGAGUAUAAGUGGAGUGGUCACACGAUCCUCGGAAGUUCGUCCAGAGCUUGUCGAAGGAAUUUUCAAUUGUGUAGAAUGUGGAACCGUCUCUGAUCCAAUUCCGCAACAAUUCAAAUAUACAGAACCAAUAUCAUGCGUCAACAAAACUUGCACCAACACCAAAAGAUGGCGUCUCGAUAUGCAUCGCUCUCGAUUUGUGGAUUGGCAAAAAUUAAAAGUCCAAGAAAAUACUCAUGAGAUUCCAUCUGGAUCCAUGCCUCGAACUUUGGAUAUUAUUUUAAGGAAUGAUUGUGUGGAAUGUGCAAAGGCAGGAGAUAAAUGUCUCUUCACAGGAACACUUUUAGCAGUGCCGGAUGUUGGAAAAAUGUUUGGAGGAGCUCAAAGCCAACUCAUUAAUGCCAACACUCGAAAAAAGGGGGACAUUGAGAAACAAGGUGUGAAAGGUAUUAAGGAUUUAGGUGUUCGAGAAUUGACCUACCGAUUAGUUUUUUUGGCCAAUUCUGUUGAACCUAUCGAUCAUAAUAUGAGUAAUUCCAAUACUGCUCCUUCUUCGGGCAUGUCAUCUGCAGCAUUGAGCUCUCACAAUGGUGAACAAGAGACACAUGAAGAAUUUAUGAAACGCUGCACAGCCGAGGAAUAUGAAAAAAUACUUAAAAUGUCAAAGGAUGUGAAUAUCUAUGAAAAUCUUGCUGCCUCCAUCUGCCCUAGUAUUUUUGGUCACAAAAAUAUCAAAAAGGGUAUUCUUCUCAUGCUCUUUGGAGGGGUCCACAAAGAAACAGAGGAACUUAUUCAAAUUCGUGGUGACAUUAAUAUUUGUAUUGUGGGAGAUCCUAGUACAGCCAAGUCACAAUUCUUGAAAUAUGUGGCUCAUCUCAUUCCUCGUGCCGUAUACACAAGUGGUAAAGCAUCGAGUGCUGCUGGUUUAACAGCAUCGGUAGUGAGAGACUCUGAAAGGGGUGAAUUUACAAUUGAGGCAGGAGCACUCAUGCUUGCAGAUAAUGGAGUUUGUUGUAUCGAUGAAUUUGACAAAAUGGAUGUGAAAGAUCAAGUAGCCAUUCACGAAGCCAUGGAACAACAGACAAUCUCCAUUGCUAAAGCGGGUAUUCGAGCCACUCUGAAUGCUCGUGCUUCGAUAUUAGCUGCUGCAAAUCCCAUCGGAGGUCGUUACAAUCCUAGAAAGACCUUGAAGGCAAAUCUUGGAAUUACACCUGCCAUCAUGUCACGUUUCGAUUUAUUCUUUGUGGUGCAAGAUGAAUGUGACGCAGAAAUUGACAAGAAAAUUGCAGAACAUAUUGUCUCUGUGCAUCAAAAUAAGGGAGCCUCAACGCUCGACAAGACUCUUGACGGAGUAACACAAAUUACUGUCGGCUCCAAUACUGUUCAGUACUCACCUGAAGAUAUCAAACUCUAUCUCAAAUAUUGUAGAACAUGUAUACAUCCAAUAUUGACACAGGAAGCACAAGAGGAACUUGUGAAACAAUAUGUGAAAUUGAGACAAAACGACAAGGUUGGAAGCAACUCUUAUCGUAUCACUGUAAGACAAUUAGAAUCGUUGGUAAGACUUUCAGAGAGUCUUGCUCGAUUGCAUUGUGAAAGUCGAAUCGAAGUGAACCAUGUUCGAAGAGCCAUUGAAUUACUGAAAACUUCCAUCACCAAAGUUGCAAAAUCUGACGUUGUGCUGAGUGGAACAGGCGAUGACAAUGAUGAGGAAAUUAAUGGGGAGCCACGAUCGAGCAUUCUCGCGCUACGUGAGAAAAAUCAGCAAGAAUCCACUCGAGAAUUGUUACGAAAUUUGAAAAAUCAACGUAGAAAGAUUGAGGCUGCUCUCGAAUUGGCACGUGAAAGCCAAUCAGAAGAAGAGCAAAAACUAGGCGAAAUUGAAAUACAAGCUGAGAAGCUGCGAAAUAGUAUUGACUCAGAUGAAAUUGAUCCUGAAGAAAAAGACACACAAGAAGAGCAAUUAAUUGAACUCGAAAAGAAGAAACUUCAAAUAUCGAAACGUGUCGCAGAGGCACGUAAGAGAGUAGAAUUACUUUCCGAACAACUUGAAAAGGAAGUUGAAAAAUCUCAACAGUUAAUACAAGACGAAGAAGAGGGUGUGAAAGAUCAAGGAGAAUCAUCACUGCGUCACACCAAUGAAGAUGACGACGAAAUGCAAGACGAAGCCACUCAUAAUGAACUUGACUCCACAACAACACCAACAGACAUGAAUGACAUUAUGACAAAUUCUGAAUCACAAACAGAACCUCCUCGAAAAAAGAAGAAAACAACCAAAACAAUUUCAGCAGAGGAAUACACCACAUUUUGCAAUCGAAUUGCUUCCUAUGUCCAACUUCAAGACUCAUGCUCACGAAAAGACAUUAUUGAGUUUUAUAUUCAAACACAUGGGUCAACACUUUCUACAAAGAAGGCAAACAAGUUAGCAAAAUUAUUGGACAAGAUUAUUGACAAGAUGAAUAAUGAGAGUAUUUUAAUCAAGACGAAUAUUCGAAGCAUUUCUAAGAAUAACAAUCGAAUGGAAGAUGUAUUUAUUAAGAAUUCCAAUUUUGAGCCAACCGUUAUGUAA